AUACAAAAAAAUUAUCACAAAUAACGUAAAUAAAAAAUCUAUCGAACUCCAAAAUUCUUUUUUAAAUUGACAUACAUACAUAAAUUACAUACCCCGAAAAAUUUUAUUUAUAUACCGCUAUUUGCAAAAAUGGGCGAAGUCAAUGAGCUAAAUAAUGAAUUCGAUUGCUUACUGGAGAAACUGGAAUGUAUUCAUCAACACUUGAAUUUCCGCGAAAAGUCCAUUGUUACCGAAUGGAUAAAAAAGCUAAAGAAGUCGAAUGAAACUUUGGACGAACUAAAACUGCGUUUAGAUUUUAUUGAAUAUUUUAUCAACUGCUGGAAGUGCGGCAUCUUUAGCUCGGAGCCCUUCAAUAAAGUACCACAGCCGAACACCCCGUUGCACAAGUUGCGAUAUAUGUUGCCACCCGACCACAAAAUUCGCAGUGUUGAUGCAACUUCAGACGAACAACGCAGACUUUAUAUUGAAGAAAUGUUUGAAAGUAUGCCGGACAGAGGCGCCUUUCUCUCCGAUCAACCGGUGCCUUUGGAUGGAACAUUCUUUUUGGUGUUGAUAAAUCAAAAAUAAAUUUCGCACAAACACUAAUUUUAUUUUAUUUCAAAGUAUGUAUACAUAAAUUUAAUUUUAGUCAAAAUGUACAUAUGUAUGUAAAAUUUAAAAUUGCAACUUAGUUCUAUACAUAUUUUCACAAUCUUAAAAUCAUUCAUAUACGCGUAGUUUUAAAAUACACUCGUAUAUGUUUGCAUUAUAGCUCGUAUUUAAGUUGUAUUUUCUUGAUUACUUAUUCGAUUACUUUCAACUCCAAUUCACGACAAAAUUUGUUUUCGUGCAAUAAAAUGCUUACAUUUACAUUUAUAUUAAAUUAUCGGUGUCAAUUACAUACAUACUCGUAUAUAUAUAUCCUCUUAGUUUGUAUUUACAAUCUUACAAAUGCAAUUUUAUUUUAUUUGAAUUGAUUCCAUUAAAAAGAGCAAAGAAAAACUAAGGUCGGACAGAACCGAACUUUAAUUAUAUACUCGGUGCAAAUUUUUCAAAAUUUCUAAACGGCCGUUUAAUGCCAUAGAGGCCGCAUGCCAAGCUGAUAUUUCUACCAAUUUCAAUGCGCGGUUCAACACAUAUUUAUAUGUGUACAUAUAUGUAUACCGUAUACUUUAUAGACGGACGGAAAUUAAAUGUUUGUUUUUGUUUGUAUGUUUUGUUAUUGCACUUACUAGCGGUCGGUACCACGACAAGUGUACUAGCUUUAUUAAAAUUAUAUAGUAAAUAAAUUUGUAAAUUUUUACUCGAGUUUUCGGGUGCACACACAGACGGACUGAAGGACGGCCGAACGAACAUACCUGCUGGCUUGAGCGAUUCUGCCCAUCAUUUCAACAUUUUAGUUUAUAUAUGUAUGUUCACAUCCAACUCAACUCCGCUAUGCUCGUACAAACAACCGUUAUACUAAUGCGCUCGGGUAUAGAAAAUAAAUCAAAUUUGACUGUAAUCCUACAAGUAAGCUAACCUAAGCCACAUCUAGUUGGUACUUACAUAUUUUAAGUGCGGGCGUGAGUUUUAGUUUUUAGUUCCAAAACUUCUAGUUGUGGCGAAAAAUAAUAUAAA